CCUCUUCUUCAGUUUCCCACACUCUGUUCCUCGCUUCUCUCUAUACCCGCCUUACCAGCCAAACCUAUCCAUUCACACAUACACACAUACACACAUACUCUCACAACAUGUCUUCUCCCCAAGGAAACCGUCUCGCUGGCAAGGUCGCCGUCAUCACCGGUGCUGGAAGUGGAAUCGGUUUAGAGUCCUCCGUCCUGUUUGCUUCAGAGGGCGCUAAGGUGGUCUGCGCGGACAUCAACGAGAAGGGUGCGGCUGCGACGGUCGAGAAGAUCGCGUCGCUCUUUGGCGAGGGUCGUGCUGUCUCUGUCCGCGCAGAUGUCAGCAAGGAGGAGGAUGUCAAGAAGAUGAUCCAGUUGGCUGUCUCGCAGUUCGGUAAGAUCAACGUCCUCUUUAACAAUGCUGGAAUCAUGCAUCCUGCUGACGACAACGCUAUCACCACCUCGGAGGAUAUCUGGGACCUGACGAUGAAGAUCAAUGUCAAGGGUGUCUGGUGGGGCUGCAAAUACGCCAUCGAGGAGAUGCGCAAGACCGGUGGUGGGUCGAUCAUCAACACAGCCUCGUUCGUGGCCCUCCGUGGAGCGGCCACCCCUCAAUUGGCCUACACAGCCUCAAAGGGAGCUGUCCUGGCCAUGACCCGCGAGUUGGCUGUCGUCCACGCGAAGGAGAACAUCCGCUUCAACGCCCUCUGCCCCGGCCCUCUGCGUACGCCCCUACUGAUGGAGUUCUUGAAUACGGAGGAGAAGAAGAACAGGCGGCUGAUUCAUGUGCCCAUGGGUCGGUUUGGAGAGGCGAUCGAGCAGGCCAAGGCGGCCCUGUUCUUGGCCUCGGAUGAUUCCUCCUACAUGACUGGAACGGACUUUACGGUUGACGGAGGUCUUUGUGCCGCCUACGUUACACCCGAAGGCGAGACCCUUUCGAACUCACCCCACGUAUCCUACCAAUAGACGAGGGCAGGCUAUGAUAGCGAAGGAUAAAUCAUUGCAAACACUUAUGAGUAAUAAAAAAAACACCCCACGGUAGACUUCUCAUGAGCUUUUAACGCACGUUCGUCAAUUGGGUUCAUUUGCUGGCGAAGCAGAAUUAGGUUGAUGGGUUGAUGGUUUUUUUUUUUUUUUUUUUUUUUUUUUUUUUUUUUUU